AAAGAAUUGGACACAGCUAUUAAAGUGUAAUUAUGAGAAACAUGCUAUAUAACUCCCUCCAAAGAAAAUGAUGGACUAAGGACUGAGACAUAUUUUUUUCUGGACAUGGUCAACAAAGGAAUUUGCUUUGCAUGUUUAUACAUAUUUAUUAAAAUAAUUUUUUUUCUUUUUUUUAGGGGGGUGACCAAAGGAAAGAAAAAUAAUAGAUUUUUGUUCAUUGAAAAAUAAAUUAUUUUUAAGUGCAUGGGAGAAUUUGUAAUUCAGGAGUGCUUCCAAAAAUAACAAAUCAGCAACCAGCUGACUUAAGCUGAAUAGUAUUCUGGUACCAUCAAAAUGGACCUUGGGCUAUGUGACCAUCGAGGUUCUUUUAGCCAUCAAUUUAUAAAAAUAAGUGUUAGUGAGGUCAAACCUAAAGUGAUUUUGUGUAUUGGUUUUUCAUUCUGGUUGCUCUCAGUUCAGUAGCUCUGGUAGCUUUGACAUGAAACAUUUUGUUGGUUUGUUUGUUUUUAAGAAGGAAUUUCUACAAUAACAACAGAAGCAUCACAGAUGCUUACAAGGAUGCAUGAGGUUGGCUACUAAAAUACAGUCCUUCAAUAAGUAUAAGCAGUCCCUAAACCUAAUUUAGACGUGAUUUUCUUGAGACAGCUCUGAUUUGACUAUUCAUUCUUUUCACUAUCUCUCUUCUGCUAAAUUUCAUUUUAUGUUUCUGUUUAUUGGCUUCUUACUAUUCCUCCCUUCCCCCUUUCUUAUACAUUUUCUCUUUGUGUUUUUUCUGUCAUUGCUUUGUUUCUAUACUCCUCUCACUAUCUCUCCUCUUUCCUUUUUUUUCUCUUCCCCACUCUCCCUCUCUCUGUUUUCUCUCUCCCUUUUCUUUUUCUCUGUUUUUCUGUUUUUCUAUUUUUCAUUAUUUAUCUGUAUUUCUGUGUCUGUCUUGUUUUGUUUCUCUAAUUAUGUAUUUUGUAUCGCUCCUUUCUUCUUUUGUGUCCUUUUUCUGUUUAUAUCUCUUCAUCUCUGUUUCUCUUUCACAGUUUCUCUGCCAGUGUAUUUUUUUCCUCCCAUCCCUCCCUACAAACCCUUCCCUAACAUCUCACUAUUCCUUUCAGUACAGAUGACCCUAACCUGGAAUAUGGCAAAUCUAAGCCACCCAUCCGAAUUUAUCCUGUUGGGUUUCUCAACCUUUGGUGAGCUGCAGGUAGUGCUCUAUGGACCCUUCCUGGUACUUUAUCUUUUGGCCUUUGUGGGAAAUGCUAUCAUUAUUGUUAUGGUCCUAGUUGAUGCACACCUGCACACCCCCAUGUACUUCUUCUUGGGAAAUUUUGCCUUACUGGAGAUUUUUGUCACCAUGACUGCAGUGCCGAAGAUGCUCUCAGACCUCCUUGUUCCCACCAAGACAAUUUCCUUUACCUCCUGCAUGGUCCAAUUCUACUUCUACUUCUCCUUUGGUUCUACUUCCUUCCUCAUUUUGGCAGACAUGGCUAUGGACCGCUUUGUGGCCAUUUGCCACCCACUACGCUAUGGCACCUUUAUGAGCUGGGAAGUAUGCAUCCGUCUGGCAGGGGCAGCCUGGGCAGCACCUUUCCUGGCCAUGGUGCCCACUGUGCUCUCCCGGGUGCAGCUCUCCUACUGCCAUGGCAACAUUAUUAACCACUUCUUCUGUGACAAUGCCCCACUGCUACAACUGGCCUGCUCAGACACAUCCCUCCUAGAGUUCUGGGACUUCAUGCUUUCUUUGGCCUUUGUCCUAAGCUCUUUCCUGGUGACACUUGUCUCCUAUGGCUAUAUCGUGACCACUGUGUUGCGCAUUCCUUCUGCAAGUGGCCGCCAAAAAGCCUUCUCUACCUGUAGUUCCCACCUCACUCUGGUCUUCAUUGGCUACAGCAGCACAAUCUUUGUCUAUGUUAGACCUGGCAAGGCUCACUCUGUAGAACUCAAUAAGAUGGUGGUCUUAGUCACUUCCAUCCUGACCCCCGUUCUCAAUCCCUUCAUCCUCACUUUCCGAAAUGAAACAGUGAAGACUGUUAUCCGAGGACAGAUUCAAAGGCUAAGGAGUCUAAAGAAUUCAGCAUGA